GAACACAGACACCUCACCUCUCGCAGUUACACUCUACCUACGAAGAGACAGAACACGCCGGUUUUCCACGCAAACUGCCGUGCUGUGCCUAGUUCUCCCCGCGCCCCUCCCCGUGUCACCCGAGCAAGUGUAGUACAUCAAAGAGGGAAGGACCGCGCAGCCAGGAUGGGAGACGAGACCUCGGGUGAAUCUUGGCUCUCGAGCACCGCCUUCAAGUUACUGGUACUCGUAUGUGUGUUCCUCAUCCUGAAGAAGCUAUGGCCGGAUUUCAGACGGAGGUAUUUUGCAGCCUUCAUGGAUUACUUCUCUCGCGGUUCCAAUGCUAAGGUGGAGGAGAUGAAGAAGGAUGUUUUCAGCACACUCAGCUCCUGCACCUCUCAUGACCCUGAGCUCAGGAAAAAGAAGGCACUCAAGAUACUGGAGAUUGGAGUGGGCACUGGUGUGAAUUUUGCCUACUACCCCGACGGAACGCGGCUGGUGGUAGUGGACCCCAACCCACACUUCAGGUCCUACUACAAUGAAAACCGCAAGAAGUUCCCUAACAUUCACUCAGAGGAGAUCAUCGUGACCACUGGGGAGGAGAUGGACAUGGUGCAGUCCAACAGUGUGGAUGUGGUGGUGAGCACAUUGGUGUUCUGCUCCGUCGAGAACCAGAAGAAAAUCCUGGAGCAGAUCCUUCGUGUGUUGGCUCCAGGUGGAAAGUUUUACUUCUACGAGCACAUCAGUGAGUUUGACACUGAGAGGCAUGGCACCAGGAGGAGGAUACAGGAAUUCCUCACAGCUACAGGCAUCUGGCCAUUCAUCUUUGAUAACUGCAUGCUGAACCGAGACAUGCUGGCAGACAUCCAGCAGGCAGGAUUCUCCAAAGUCCAGGCACAGCGGUUCUACAGUCCUAUUGACCACUUUGUGUUCCAGCUGGUGAAGCCCAGCCUGAAGGGUGUGGCUGAAAAGUGAGAGGCUUCAACAGAUUCAUUAUUGGCCACCAUCCUUCAUACUGCACAUGUAAUCUUUCCACUCUGGCUCUUUGAUUGAUGAGACCACUACCAGCAGAAAGUGUCUUAUACUUAUGCAAAACAGCUGCAGCUCAGUCAUGUCUAAAGAGAAAUUCCACAUAAUUCUUUGGGAAACUUCCAUAAAUAUUUGUACCACUAUACUUUGCAAAUAGUGCACUUAGUGAUUUCACAUUUUGUGAUUGACAAAUACUGUACUGAAUCAAAUUAAAGCAAAUUUUGUA